GCAGGAAGCCAGGCGCGCUGGUCGAGGCCUCGGGUGUCUGUUCCAUUCCGCUAGCAGCAAGUCGUCCAGCAAAUGUGCGCGCAUAGUAGUUUGUAGGUCGGACCGUGGCCCUGCCCUGUCUCGUAGAGGUUCGUGUGCCUAUGUUGGGCGGCAUCGUGGCUGGAGGAGCACUGGGUCGGGUGGAUGGCGUGGGAGAGGCCGCGAACGCGCUCAGCCCAGAAGAGAGUGGGUAGGAUGGACUUUUGUGAUAGAAAUGACGUAUGGGCGCAUGUCAAGCGACGAGAGAGAGUUUGCUGGCGUGCCCAGCGAUUUGCUUGUCGGAGAAACAGAAUGCAGCGUUGACCAGGAGCUCCUCACUACCCGUCGACAAGCGCGAAAAGACGCCAAGGCUGUUGACGGAAUUGAGCCUCUUCGCGCACGUGUGUCCGUUAUCGCUGCUAGCUCCCCCCGAUAGGUGA